UCGAAUCCAGCGAGGUCUCUUGCAACCUCACCCUGCAACAUCACAUGCUGGAACCGGUGCAAAGGAUCCCUCGCUAUGAGCUGCUGCUGAAGGAGUAUGUACAGAAGCUGCCCCCCGAUGCCCCGGACCAGGCAGAUGCCCAGAAAGCUCUGGACAUGAUCUUCUCUGCUGCUCAGCAUUCUAAUGCAGCCAUCACUGAGAUGGAGUGUCUGCAGAAACUGUGGGAUGUGUACCAGCGUCUGGGCCUUGAGGAGGAUAUGGUGGAUCCCUCCAAUGAACUGCUCCACGAAGGCCCCAUCCGGAAGAUCUCCUUCAGACAUAGCAGCACUAUGGAGCGCUACUUGUUCCUGUUCAACAAUAUGCUGCUCUACUGUGUGCCUAAAGUGAUUCAGGUUGGGGCUCAAUUCCAAGUGAGGACGCGAAUAGAUGUGGCUGGGAUGAAGGUCCGGGAACUGAAUGACGUGGUAUUUCCUCACUCUUUCUUGGUGUCAGGGAAACAGAGGACUCUGGAACUGCAAGCCCAGUCUGAGGAAGAGAUGAACACCUGGAUCCAGGCUUGCCAACAGGCCAUCAACCAAGUUGGGAAGCGGCAUGAAACCUUCAAAGCUGCUGUCCAGGGUUUAGAGGGAGACACCGAAGAGCACCAGCUGAAGUCUGAAGAGUUGGGCAUCCGAGCUCCCCAGUGGGUCCGUGACAAGAUGGUGACCAUGUGCAUGCGCUGUAAGACGCCCUUCAAUGCCCUCACCCGGAGACGACACCACUGUAGGGCAUGUGGCUAUGUGGUGUGUGCUAAGUGCUCUGAUUACAAAGCCAGGUUGAAAUAUGAUGACAAUCGACUCAACCGGGUCUGUCUCGAGUGUUAUGUCUUCCUCACUGGAAACCUAUUGCCGGAGGACAAGGAUGAUAAGAAGAAAGGGAUCCUAGAGAAAGAGUCUUCGAAGGUAUCAGAACAGAGCCUGAUGUGCAGCUUCCUGCAGCUCCUGGGAGAAAAGUGGGGGAAGGGCAGCAGCCGAGGCUGGUGUGUCAUUCCCAGAGAUGACCCCCUGGUGCUUUACAUCUAUGCUGCCCCACAGGAUAUGAAAGCUCACACCUCCAUUCCCCUGCUGGGGUAUCAGGUGACCAAUGGCCCCCUGGCUGAUCCCCGGGUGUUCCAGCUACAGCAGUCUAGUCUGGUCUACUCAUUCAGGGCUGAAUCUGAGGAGCUCAAAGGGCAAUGGAUGAAGGCCAUAGAUCGGGCAGCCAGAGGUCAGAGCUUCAUUGGACCCGAGGGUGAAUUGUCAGACUGAGCUGGGAAUGAGGGGAGCUGUAUCUCUUCCACCUCCAGGCACACACAUGUGAAUACACACACACACACACACACACACACACACACACACACACCACACAAGUCUUCUGAUCAGCUACUCCCUCCUUUCAUGCAGAA